UAGAGAGAGAAAGAGGAGAGAGAGAGAGAGAGUUAGAGAGAGAGAGGGAAAGGACGCAAAGCUGGUGUCUGGAGAAUCAACCUAAUGGCGUAUCGCAGGAAGCAUUCGGGAGGCCGGACCUGGCAAAAUGACCUAUCUGCUCCUCCUGAGGAGAAUUCUUCUUCCUCUUCUGCUUCCUCUCUCGCUGCUCAAGCAAUCAGGGCUUCUUCAGCUCACAAGGAUUCCUCUCUCUCUUCGGCUUAUGGGGAAUCGGCUCUCCAUUCUGCGUAUAGACAGAGGCUUUCGCCUUCGAGACAGGAAGGCAUGACCUAUGAAUAUACAUCAAUGAAAACCUUGAAUGAGUCCAAGUAUGGGUUCUGGGGUGUUCUUGCCAGAAAGGCAAAAUCAGUUUUUGAGGAAGAUAACAUGGUUCAGCAAUCUGAAACAUCUAGCAAAACUAGCCCCCAGGUCCAUGAUGCGGCAGUUGGGUAUCAGGUUCGUCACUCUUAUCAACCAAUGGAAGGCCAUCGAAGACCUGAAAAUCCUACGAUUCAAAAAGGUCUAGAUGCACUUGCUUCUUCCAUAAACUACAUUGGCGGCACCAUUGGUAAUGCUUUGGAGGAGGGUUUGACUAUUGUGGAGAAUAAAGCAGCGGACAUUAUAGCAGACACUCGCAAGCUUCACAAUAGGAAAAAAGGAACCACUGCUGAUGCACCAAAUCAAGCACAACACUGGGAGCGUGCUGAUGCAUCAAGCCCACAUAAUCCACAGAUGCCAACCGACCAUGAGACACAACUGAAGGCAUCUCGCGACGUUGCAAUGGCAAUGGCUGCAAAAGCUAAACUGUUAUUGCGAGAGCUGAAAACUGUUAAAGCUGACCUAGCAUUUGCAAAAGAACGAUGUGCCCAACUUGAGGAGGAGAAUAGAAUUCUCAGAGAAUGCCAUGAGAAUGGAGACGGCCCUGAAGAUGACGACCUGAUACGGCUUCAACUUGAGACACUCUUGAACGAGAAGGCUCGAUUAGCACAUGAGAACUCGGUUUAUGCACGUGAGAACCGUUUCCUGAGGGAGAUUGUGGAGUACCACCAACUCACCAUGCAAGACCUUGUCUACCUUGAUGAAGGCAUCGAGGAGGUCACCCAAGUGACCCCUAUACCCAUGGGCACGCCAGAACCACUGCCGCCACUGCCACCACCACAAGUCCCCAUGGGUCCACCACAAGACUCACCAUCUCACUCCAAUCCAAAGCCCUCUCCUACAACACCUCCACCCCCACCUCCACCACCCUCCAUAUAAAGAAGAGUGAGAGUCAGAAUGAGAGUAAGAAGCUUCUUUUCUUUUUGCUGUAAUUUUUUAUUCUUCCUGUUACAUGUAACAUUAUGUCUCUGGCUUGCAUUGCUCAAUGGCUUUGUAUAAGUAAUUUAAUUUAUUAUUAA